ACAGUUACGCCACAACCGCUCCGUCAGACGUUACCUCACCCACCUAUUAUUGGUACGUAAGCGCACUAGUAACCACAGCGCGGCGAAACACGAACGUCGAAAUGGCGAAAUAUAUUAUUCUGUUUAUUAUCGGGCACAUACUCGCCGGCGAGGCGUACCGAAUACUCGGCGUGUUCCCGUCGCUAGACCGGAAUAAUUAUCUCACUUAUCGGGGAUUAUUUCGAGAGCUGGCGAACCGCAAGCACGACGUGACGCUCAUCAGCCACUUCCAGCUGCCGGACGCGCCGGCCUCCUACAGGGACGUGCUGCUCAGUGACAAACCAACGCUCAAGGGACUGUCGUUCGAAUCCGUGAUAGCGAACGAGAUUUCGCGGGUGCCGUUCGAGACGCUAGUCUCGACGAAAGCGGGAAACGAUGACUGCAAGACGCUGAUGAACAACAACGAAGUUCUUCACAUGAUACGGACUCGACCUCAAUUCGACGUUGUUAUCGUGGAAUCGUACAAUAGUGACUGUGCUAUCGCUUUCGCGGCGAAUCUGAGCGCGCCUUACGUUGCAUUCAACCCGCAACCUUUGCACCCGUGGCAUUACAACAGGUUGGGUGUCAAUUUCAACUCCGCCGCCGUCCCCCAAUCCUUGCUGCCGUACGGCAAGAAUCCCUGGUUCUUCGACAGACUCAGGAGCUACCUUCUGUACCACAUUACCAACUGGGUAUACUACAUCGGGUCUCAAGUGACCGAUCAUGUUUACCUUUACAAAUACUUGGGAGACAACUUGCCGUCGCUGGAAAGUUUGGCGUCAAAUUCCAGUCUGGUAUUCGUGAACUCCCACCCGUCUGUGUUCGGAGGUGUCGCGAGGUCAGACAACGUAGUUGACAUCGGUGGAAUUCAUUUACGACCACCCAAAAUAAUACCGACGGAAAUCCAAAGAUUCAUCAGCGAAGCUGAACACGGAGUCAUCUACGUGAAUCUUGGCUCCACGGUUAAAGACUCAACCCUACCUGCCGACAAGCUCAGCGUGCUACUAGCUACAUUCCGAAAACUACCACUCAGGGUUAUAUGGAAAUGGGACGGAGAAGAAAUAGAAAAUCUUCCCAGAAACGUCAUGACCAUGAAAUGGCUUCCGCAGAUGGAUAUUUUAAAACACGACAACGUUAAGGCGUUCAUAUCACAUGCUGGCAUCCUGAGUACGAUAGAAGCCUUGGACGCUGGUGUACCAGUUAUCGCUAUACCACUCUUUGGUGACCAAUACGGGAAUGCUGCUGCCUUGGUAGACGCGGGCUUCGGGACCGUAGUGCCUUAUGAGGCUCUAUCGAAAGGACUGCUUAUGGACGCUAUCAACGAUGUUCUUGACCCAGAGUGGCAGAGAAAUGCAAAACACGUUUCCCGCAUUUGGAACGACCGACCGAUGUCAGCACUAGAAACCGCCAUCUAUUGGAUAGAAUACGUAGCUCGGCACAACGGCUCGCCACACCUCAUAGCGACAUCUAUGAAACUGCCCUGGUACCAAAAUGCCGGCUUAGACGUCUUGGCGUUCAUUGCCCUUGUGAUCUACAUUUUGCUGUACGUCUUCUACAAAAUUUUCUGCGCCUGUUGCUGCUGCUGCUGCCAGAGCGAGCCACAAGUGGAAAUCGUAACCAGAGAAGGAAAAAGAAAAAGAGUCAAAUUCGAAUAGUUCUAGUUAUUCUUACUUACUUUGUUAAUUUAUACAAUGUAUAAUUAUUAUACAUUGCUUUGUUUUGUAAGAUUUGUAAAAAAUGUUAAUUAAGUACUUAAUUAAACUAAUGAUUAUUUAUGACACAUUCAUUCUGACCGUACA